AUGUCCACUCUCAACGGGGCCUCGAAGCUUAGCCGCAUGAGCAAGGAAGCGAGGUUCAUCACCAAAGAUGGCAUGGAUGUGCGAACCAUUCCGUUUGGGUGUGAGUCCGCAGGACUCCUCCAUUCGACUGGUCAUUCCAGUUCGUCAGAUUCAGUCGAAAUGAUUCAGCAUGGAAAUCCGCAGGCAUCCUCUGCCGAAGAUGUGAAGUCUCCAUCAAGCAAGAAGCAGAAGCUGGAGCAUGUGAAAGUCGAGCCUCUGGUCGGACAGCCUUCGGAAUUGGAGAAAAUUUUGGCCAAACUGUCUCCAAAAGCAGUGCCCAUCACGAACCCAGAAGUCGAUCGGUCGUCUGGUGCAUCGCAGAUGACAUUGUCGAGCACCAAGCCACUGCCAGCUUCAAGGUGUGUUGAGAUCGCUGAACCCUAUGCGCAGGACGACAAGACGGCCGAGCUACUACGCCUCAAGCAGGAACUACUCGCGGCCAACUCCAAGAUAGCCUUACAAGAGCAAGAGCUAGCCCAGACACGUGUGAUCAAGCACACUCUGGAUCAAGCCCUGGGUCCUCCAUCAGAAGCUGAGUUUGGCGGUCGUGAGAUCACAGAACAGACCAUCAGUCAUUUGCAAAAUGCUUUUAAUGCAUCGAAUCCGUCGUUUGGGCAAUUUCAGGAUGCGUGGAAUGUGCAGGAAGACUCUCAGUCCGAUAUCUCGGAUACAUUGUCUGCUGGGGCUUAUAACCGAGCUCGUGGUCUCUGGCCUCAGCAUGGCCAGCAGCCAUUCAGCUUGAACGCUCAUGAUCCUCCUUUCGACAGCAGUUACGGGGAGCCUCAACCUGGAACCGGUAAUUCUGUGACCCAGGAUCCAAGUCGAUUUUGGGGCGUCUCAGCUGUAUAUCCUACGGUGACCGGUCAUGGAGCUUUACAACCCCACAGGGUGCUUUCGGGCCCCUCGGCCAGCACAGCCAACUUUUUUACUCGUUCUUCCGGCGAGCAACUUCGGUAUUUGCAAGGCCCGAGCCCCGAGCCUCGUCGCUCCAUCACCCAGGGCAAUCAAGUUGGAUCUCUGUUUCCAGCUCCAAAUACCCCUUGGGGAGGGUUCACCUCUGGAUCACCCACUGAUCCUGUAACCAAGCUUUCUGCGUCACCAACCAAAAGACCUCCCAGUGCUUUUUCGCAUGUUGGGAUUUACCCCAUACCCCCUUAUCAUCCCCGGCCCGUGGGAUCACCCCUUUCGCCCACUGCCACCGAAUUCACCACGACCAACACAAACGAAACCUCGUGGACAAGUUCAUCAGGUGGUGGAAAUGCCAUCCAAACGUACGUUUCACCCCUGGAGCCACUCAACUACCGACGUCUUCUCGACAAGAAUGUAUCGUGUGACUGGAAAUACAUUGUGGACAAGAUCGUUUGCAACAAUGACCAGCAGGCUUCCAUUUUCUUGCAGCAAAAGCUGAAAGUCGGCACUACCGAGCAGAAAUACGACAUUAUCGAAGCCAUUGUGAACCAAGCAUACCCACUCAUGGUAAACCGCUUUGGCAAUUUCCUUGUCCAGCGUUGCUUCGAGCACGGAACCCCGGAGCAGGUUGUCGCAAUUGCCAAUGCAAUCAGAGGCAAUACUCUCAGUCUGAGCAUGGACCCCUUUGGCUGCCAUGUGAUUCAAAAGGCCUUUGACUGUGUCCCCGAAGAACACAAAGCUGUCAUGGUCCAUGAGCUCCUUCGCAGAAUUCCCGAGACAGUGAUCCAUCGAUAUGCGUGUCAUGUUUGGCAGAAGCUUUUUGAGCUCCGAUGGAGCGGCGAGCCUCCUCAGGUUAUGGUCAAAGUCAACGAGGCAUUGCGUGGAUUGUGGCAUGAGGUUGCCCUGGGGGAGACAGGGAGCUUGGUGGUUCAGAACAUCUUUGAGAACUGUAUCGAGGAUGAAAAGAGCCGGGCCAUUGAGCACGUCCUUCAUUGGGCCGUCGACUACAGUAUGGAUCAGUUCGCCUCAAAGAUUGUAGAAAAGUGCCUGAAGAUUGGCGGCUCAGAAUUCUUGGAUCGUUACCUCUCUCGAGUGUGUACUGGCCGCGCUGACCGACCCCGGAUGCCACUGAUCGAUAUUGCGGGCGACCAAUACGGCAAUUAUCUGAUCCAAUGGAUCCUGAUAAAUGCUGCGCCUCAUCAACGGGAGCUUGUCGCGAGCCACAUUCGAAAACACAUGGUCUCCCUCCGUGGCUCCAAGUUUGGCUCCCGCGUAGCCAUGCUCUGUUGCAACCCGUCCCAUGCGACGCGUCCUGGACCCGGAGCGGGCAUGCAAAUCGGCCGUUUCAACCAAUUUUCCGAGGAUCGAUUCCCUGCUAGCAGCCAAGCUGGCAGUCGUUUCAACCGUGGGAAUCAAUGGGGCUCGAACUACGCGCCGUUUCGUUGA